AUCAUUCAGUAGAUAUUACCAUUGCGAGUCAGUUAGAAAGGUAAUCAUAAGUAAGUUAACACUAUAAGAGGUCAGACAGACUGAAUUAGUUGAUUAAUUGAUUGAUUGGGGUAAUCAUUGAUAUUCGGUACAGUUAGUUAAGAUGGCCAGCUACAUCAACAAACAGGUGAUUGAAUUAAACAAAGUUACUGAAGAAAACCGGAACAGAGCAACAAGGAGCGUGAAGACUGACACCCAUCUCUCAGGACCUGAGGAUUCAGGGAGAAGACUCUACAGGAUGGUUGCUGUGAGCUUUGGGAUGCUGUGUGUUCUACAAGUCACGCUCAACAUCUCUCUGAGACUAGUCUAUAACAGAGGCAUGGGAGAUAAAACCAAUGUGACUGCAGAGAAAGACCAGCUACAGACCAGUUUUAAUACCCUGGCUAAAGAGAAAGACCAGCUACAGACCAGUUACAACACCCUGACUGAAGAGAGAGACCAACAAAAGAGGGAGAACAAUGAUCUCAUGGCAAAGUUCUCUAAUCUGAAACAAACUGCUGAAGGUUGGCAGAAGUUUGAAUCCAGUUGGUACUUCAUCUCUACUGAGACUAAAACCUGGAGGGAGAGUAGCCGGGACUGUCAGGAGAGAGGAGCAGACCUGGUCAUCAUAAACAGUGAUAAGGAACAGGAGUUUCUCUUUGGCCUCAAUAAGAGAGCCUGGAUUGGUCUGACUGACUCUGUUACUGAGGGGACCUGGAAAUGGGUGGACGGAACACCACUGACCAUAAGUCACUGGUACCCACAGCAGCCUGAUAAUGGUGGUGACAACCCAGCAAAUGGGGAGGAGGACUGUGUUGAGCUGAACACAGAAACAUGGCUUCCUGUAAAGGCAUGGAAUGACCAAUCAUGUUUAGACAAUCGUCACUGGAUUUGUGAGAAAGUGGUUUAACAACACCAUGACAACAGAGGAGGCUGGUGGUGGGAGGACAGCCACACAUAAAGCACCCUACAGUGCAUCUAUCUCUCUCUCUAUCUCUCUCUCUCUCCCACUCUCUCUCUCAUAGCAUUGCUAAUGCAUGUAGGCUGAACAUCUCUCUGUAAUCUGUAAAAUAAUUGUUUUAAGUAGAAACAUGUUAUGUGAUUUGCCAAAGCUUGUGCUUUUUUCAUGAUCAAUUAUUAGCAUAAAUCUCUCUAAUAAGAAGAUGAUCUAAGGCUCAGAUUAAGUAAGAAAGGAACAAUGUCCUAGCAGGGUUACCAGCUUCCUGAUUUAAUGUGAUUGGAUCGUUAAAACAAUGAGACUUGCAGUUGGACACAGACGG